CGCCGUUCCCUUCCGGGGCAGGGGGAAGGCGGAAGUGCCGUGUGAGGUUGGCGUUGGUGCCGGCUGAGGGCCCCCGGCUGCUCCCCGAUGGUGUGUGGCGGCUUCCAGCCCCAGACUCUCUCGCUUCAGGCCCAGUAUGGCGGCGGCGGGGGGAGCCGGGCAGGAGAAGCAGCUCGCUCCGGCCCUGCUUAGCUUCUUCAUCUACAACCCCAAGCUGGGGCCCAGAGAGGGGGAGGAGGAAAAGAAGAUUCUCUUUUAUCACCCAAAUGAAGUAGAAAAGAAUGAAAAAAUUAGAAAUGUUGGAUUAUGUGAAGCUAUAGUACAGUUCACAAGGACCUUUAGUCCAUCAAAACCUGCAAAAUCUUUGCAUACUCAGAAGAAUAGACAGUUCUUCAAUGAACCUGAAGAAAAUUUCUGGAUGGUCAUGGUAGUACGGAAUCCCGUAAUAGAAAAAUACCACAAAGAUGGAAAACCAGUCAUUGAGUAUCAAGAAGAAGAGUUACUGGACAAGGUUUACAGUUCAGUCCUACAGCAGUGCUAUAGCAUGUACAAGCUUUUUAAUGGAACUUUCCUUAAAGCCAUAGAAGAUGGAGGUGUAAGGGUUCUAAAAGAGAGAUUAGAGAAAUUCUUCCAUCGGUACUUGCAAACACUGCAUUUACAGUCAUGUGACCUGCUGGAUGUUUUUUGUGGAAUCAGCUUCUUUCCAUUGGAUAAAAUGACUUAUUUGAAAAUCCAAUCAUUUAUUAAUAGGAUGGAGGAAAGCCUGAACAUAGUCAAAUAUACUGCCUUUCUCUACAAUGAUCAGCUCAUCUGGAGUGGAUUAGAACAAGAUGAUAUGAGAAUUUUAUACAAAUAUCUCACAACAUCCCUCUUUCCAAGGCACAUAGAGCCAGAGUUAGCAGGAAGAGAUUCCCCAAUACGUGCAGAAAUGCCAGGAAAUCUACAACACUACGGAAGGUUUCUUACUGGACCUUUAAAUGUUAAUGAUCCAGAAGCAAAAUGCAGAUUCCCCAAAAUAUUUGUAAACACAGAUGGCACUUAUGAAGAACUUCAUUUAAUUGUUUAUAAGGCCAUGAGUGCAGCUGUCUGUUUUAUGAUUGAUGCCUCAAUGCAACCUACACUGGAUUUUUGCCGUAAACUGGACAGCAUUGUUGGGCCUCAACUCACAGUAUUAGCAUCAGACAUAUGUGAACAAUACAACAUCAACAAAAGGAUAUCAGGGUCUGAGAAGGAACCUCAGUUUAAAUUUAUCUAUUUCAAUCAUAUGAACUUGGCAGAGAAAAGUACAAUUCACAUGAGGAAAACACCCAGUGUAUCACUCACGUCCGUUCACCCUGACCUCAUGAAGAUUCUAGGUGAUAUCAACAGUGAUUUUACUAGAGUUGAUGAGGAUGAAGAAAUCAUUGUGAAGGCAAUGAGUGACUACUGGGUGGUUGGGAAAAAGUCUGAUCAACGGGAACUGUAUGUUAUUUUGAAUCAAAAAAAUGCAAACCUGAUUGAAGUUAAUGAAGAAGUAAAGAAACUUUGUGCAACACAGUUCAAUAAUAUUUUCUUCCUGGAUUGAUCUGCAAAGGGCUGAUUUGGUGAAAGAAUCUACAAAUGUCAGAAACAUUUUUGUUUAACAUGAAAGGUUAUUAGUCAUAUUAUUGACUGGAAUAAUGACAAUAGUAAAGCAAUACUUGCUUUGUAAGAAUCAAAUUUCUACUGAAGCUGUAAACUCUGAUCAUAAGAUUUUUAGAUUUUAAAAUAUUUAUGUGCAAACUAAUUAAAACCAAUCUAAUUCAGCUGUACCAUUCCAUUUCUCUAAUAUUGUUAUGUUAAUAUUUUACUGAAUAAAAUUAAUAAUUGUUACAAUU